CAGUCCAAUUCUCAUCUUCGACCACGCAGCACAACUGGUUCGUCUCAAUGUUCCUUCAACGGUGCAGAUACUUGUGCUGGAGCUGUUUGUUGUUCAUCGCCACGGUACUAGCCGGUCCGGUUCCACCGGAACCGAUCCUCGAUACCGCAUGCACCACACCGGACGGUAUGGUUGGUGCGUGCGUACCGGUACGACAGUGUAAACACGUCCGGUAUCUGAUAAGACGUAAGCAGCACAACUACCAAGACACCGCGUUGCUCGAAAGUCUUCAAUGUCGCGGAACACAAGGUGCGGCUAGCCAGCAAUCAUUGAUUUGCUGUCCGCGGUUAACGAAUGUGGCCGAGUGUGGCGGAUCGGCGUUCGCCAGUCGUAUCUACGGUGGUACCGACAGUGAGAUUGGUGAGUAUCCGUGGUUGGCCGUGUUGCGGUUCCAGGAGCGAAAUGGUAAGCUGACCGUCAGUUGUGCCGGCUCGUUGAUUGGGCCACGGUUCGUGCUGUCGGCGGUUCACUGUUUCCGGUCGCGUGCCGGCAAACCGAAGCAACUCAAGUACGUGCGACUCGGUGAAUGGAACUUUCAGAACCAUCGCGGAAGGUCCAAUUGCCGAAAGCUAGACGAUGGCACCGGUCGUGAGGUAUGCCGGAAGGACUAUGGUGUCACACGCGUCGCCCUCUAUCCCGAGUAUGCGGUUAAUGCGGCCGCUCACCUGCACGACAUUGCCCUUAUCGAGCUGGCAGAGAAGGUAGAGUAUAGCGAGUACAUUGCACCGAUCUGCUUACCACUUCUGGAGUCAGCGGAGUCGUUGAGGAUAUCGCCGAUCGAGUAUACGGCGACUGGCUGGGGUGCAACGUUAGAAUCGGACGGUAUGACACCGGUGCUGCAGGCAGUUGACUUGCUGCCCUUCGACAAGGAACGGUGCCGGAAGGUGUACCCGGUACCGAAUGCUCACGGUAUCGGAGAUGGACACAUCUGUGCGGGAGGUGCGAGGGGACAGGAUACGUGCGACGGUGAUUCGGGUGGACCGUUGAUGCAGCACAUCGAUGGAGUGGCCUACCUGGUCGGUAUCACUAGCUUCGGAUGGCCGGAAUGUGGACGCGAGGGUAAACCGGGCGUCUACACGAACGUCACGCACUAUCUCGAUUGGGUAGCGUAUGAGGUGUUGCUUGGGUCUCGGUUGGUAGUGAGCGAGGUGGAGGAAAAGGAAGCGCUGUGGGUGGUUUGAUUGUGAGGAGCGAAGGGGUGCCUUUUCCGUGGUGCAUGUUAGCUACCAUUGAUGAUAUGGUUUGCAACGGUUGUUCACAAGAAUCAUGUUAGUGUAAGGCGAAUAGAAGCUCCGUUUCAUUCGAAUAGAAAUUGCAACUGAAAGACAUUGUUUUAAGCAAAGAGUAUUCAAGGAGAGAAAAAUCUCAAAAUCGGGAAAAUUAGUUAUCGCAGCAGCCUAGAAACAAUAGAUUUAUUUGCUUCAUUUAGAAUCUUUAAUAAACAGUUUUCAUUUCCUGUAUUGCGUUGCCAAUAGAACGA